AUGGGACAUCUUUCAGGGCACUCAAAUGAAUUGAUGAAAUCAUCGGCAGAAACUCUUUCGUCUGGAUACGAUCAACUUACGAGGUCACCUUUGCUCGAACAUGAACAUGGGCUUGGUCCAUCUGGUCUAGAUCGUAUUCGCCAACCCCCAUCACGAGUAUUGACGUUGCCGAACAUAUCCACAUCCUCUCUCGGUCCUUCGAUACCACAGAAUUCUUCGCCCUCGCCACGUUCCAGAUCAACGUCCAGAACCCAUUCUACACGUCUUGGGUUGGGUCAGGACGGUGGUGCUCUGGAGGAUCUCCAUCGAUUUCCCUGCGAGUCCUUACAUUCGUUCUCGUUCGCACAACAGCCCGAUGAGUUACUUCACAGCCGUCAAACUAUUUUGAAGCGAUCAUUAGAUUUCAUGCGCGAUCGCUUUGGGUGGGAUUCCAACAAUGCGGGCAAUGCCAGCUCUCAGUCUCGCGUCAGUGGUGAUAAAGAGGUCCAGAGCGUGGCGGAUCUCUUGUCAAAGACAAACUUCUCAGGGAAAGAAGAUAAGUAUAACUGUGGGAGCCUGGCAUGGGGUCCGAUGACAGGGCCCGCUGAAGUGUAUGGCGGAGACAUUUUUGAGAAGGCUUUCAUGGAGUCGCAGAACUCUGCGGCUGAUGUCAAGGAAUUGCCUCAAGAACAUCGCCCAGGAAUGGAAUACUCUGAUUCCUUGAGUCAACUGCCGAAUGAGCAAAUAUCACUUCAAAAGCGGGGGAGGAGAUCCACUCCCACCACGUCCAGGCGCGUAAGCUUAAAACGUACAGGCUCGGAUAUCGGCUCUGUUACCCGCCAGAGCAAGCUGAUGGGGACUCUAGCACAACCCUACUCUUCCACGGAUUCUUUUUCACCAACCAGCUCCUCGAUCCUCGGAUAUGGCUUUCCUGUUCCCGCCUUACACACCCACAGCAGCAAAUGGAAUCCCGUCUCACAGGCCGUCUUUAGAACCGAGUCUCAGGCACCGUGGACCAUUUUGGCAGCCAAUGACCUAUCUUGCCUCGUAUUUGGCGUCACACAAGCGGAACUCCGCAAGCUAAGUAUAUUAGAAGUUGUACAAGAGGACCGGAGACAGUGGCUUGAAUCCAAGCUAAGAGAUCCGUCCACUGAUGUUGCAGCAAAGCUUCAGAACUCGCAAGAUAAACACCACAUAAAGCCAGUAAAUCCGAAGUCCAUGGGACUCGGGAAUGGCAUCACAGCGCAACUGCUCAGUAAACCACCUUCUCGAGCCAGGCGAGCUCAAACUGACGAUGGCUAUGGUUCAAGCACACGCACUGUACGUUAUCCAAACCAUGCUGCCACCAAAUCACGUGGCGUUCUACUGUGUGGGGACGUUGUCCCUAUUCUGAAGCGCAAUGGAACCAAGGGCUCUGCCAGUAUGUGGGUCAUGGAGAAACGGGGAGGUCUCAUCUGGGUUCUUGAGGAAAUCCAAGAGGAUGUGGUCUACGUCCGUUGUGAUGAGUCAUGGACCAUUACGGAUGCCCAAGGGGAUACGGAUAAAAUUUGGGGCCACGGUGUGAUCAAGCCUGGUAAACUUAUUACUGAACUUCUUCCUCGCAUUCCCAAAGAGUGUCUCGCAGGCCCAAUUGAUGAGGGCCUUAGUAGGAUUUCGAACAUGAAGCAUUUUGCUGCUCAAACCUCGGCUGGGACGUGUUUCCCGGCGACCGUGACCAAAGACGAAGCCGCAGGAUGUUUGCGAAUAUCUAGCUUCCCUCAUGUUGCCGGUAUGAUGGUACUGGCGUCUUCGACUUUGAAAGUCAUCAGCUCAAAUUCGGUGUUUUCUUCAGCGUUGUUUGGCCAGGAGCGACCAGAAGGACUACAUAUGAAUGAGCUGAUACCGGGUUUUGAUGGUUUCCUCAAUGUACUUACCGAGGAAGAGAGGAUUCCUCUGGUGGAUGGUGUGAUAAUUCCUGAACCUAGUUUUCGAAGGGCACGGACUCUCUCCAUUCUCCGGGAUGGAAAGGAUAACGUUGCCUCGGUCUUUCAAGAACCAACUGGACUUGCUGCUAACCACCGCGAUGGCUCAACUAUUGCGGUAGAUGUUCAGUUACGGGUAGUGAAAAGCGGUACAAUGUUCCCCAAGCCGCGGGAAGACGGAACUGCCACUAAUAGCGAAUCUGACUCAGAGUAUCACGACACAGUGGCGGUGACUGAGCUAGUUUAUGCACUAUGGAUCACAUACUCAAGACAUAUCCAUUCUUCAGGCACAACUCCAAAUUUCGCGUCUCCCCAACUGACGGCGUCACCACGGACCGAAAAUUCCUCUGCCGCCUUCGAGUCGAGCUUGGCAUUAGCAACGACCUCCAGUGCUCAAACCUUAAGCACAGAGCAGACUUCAGUGGAAAGCCACAUACCGACGUCUACUUUGACACAGCAACUCAGCGAAGCUGCAUCAGAGCCGCUGACGGAUCAGCCGGUACAACCGGUGCCGGAAGUAAGGCCGACUAAUGCAAAGGAAUCCUCAAAGAAAAGGACAAUUGCCGACUACGUGAUUUUGGAGGAAAUGGGCCAGGGGGCAUAUGGUGAAGUAAAACUUGCUCGCCUGAAGAAGAAUCCGUCCCAGAAGGUUGUUUUGAAAUACGUUACGAAGAAGAGAAUUCUCGUGGAUACCUGGACUCGUGAUCGUCGCCUAGGCACUGUCCCGCUGGAGAUACACGUUUUGGAUUACCUUCGACGGGAUGGCUUUAAGCAUCCCAAUAUUGUGGAAAUGGAAGGGUUCUUUGAGGAUGACAUCAACUAUUAUAUUGAGAUGAGGCCACAUGGACUUCCUGGGAUGGACCUCUUUGACUAUAUCGAGCUGAAAGCCAAUAUGGAUGAGUCAGAAUGUAGGAAUAUUUUCCGCCAAGUGGUGGAUGCGGUCCACCAUCUUCAUACUAAGUCCCUGGUUGUACACCGCGAUAUCAAGGAUGAGAACGUAAUCCUCGAUGGCGAGGGCAGGAUCAAGCUGAUCGAUUUUGGAAGCGCUGCCUACAUUAAGAACGGGCCCUUUGAUGUCUUUGUGGGAACAAUUGACUAUGCCGCACCGGAGGUCCUCCAGGGCAAGUCAUACAGAGGCAAAGAGCAGGAUAUUUGGGCUCUUGGUAUUCUUCUGUAUACGAUUGUCUACAAAGAGAAUCCGUUCUACAACGUCGAUGAGAUCCUGGAUCAUCCACUUCGAAUUCCAUUUCUGCCAUUCUCGGAGGACUGCAUUGAUUUAAUCCGACGGAUGCUGGAUCGAGAUGUCGACAACCGCCUGACUAUCAGUGAAAUCAUGGAGCAUCCAUGGAUGGUUGACAGCUGA